AUCCUUGGUUAGAGAGAGAGACAGAGAGAGAGUGAGUGAUAGAGGUUUCCAUUAAUGGAAGCAAGCUCAAGUGAGGAUAUGAUCAUUUGGUUUGAAGAAGUAGCAAAGAAUGCUGGGAAGGUGCAAAUGGAAAUACUGAAGAAAAUUCUGGAAAUCAAUCAUGGGGUGGAGUAUCUGGAGAAAUGGUUUGGUGAUAUUGAUGUGCAUAAGAUGGAUGCAGAAGCAUUGCAGUCGCUUUACACAUCAAUGGUGCCUUUGGCUUCCCAUGCAGAUUUAGAGCCUUAUAUUCAGAGGAUUGCUGAUGGAGAGACUUCUCCUUUACUCACUAAGCAACCCAUCACUACUCUCUCUUUAAGCUCCGGGACAACUGAAGGAAGACAAAAGUAUGUUCCCUUCACCUCCCAUAGCUCCAAGACCACUCUACAAAUGUUCAAGUUGGCUGCAGCAUACAGAUCAAGGGUAUAUCCGACAAAAGAAGGAGGCAAGAUUCUUGAGUUUAUCUAUGGCAGCAAACAGUUCAAAACCAAGGGUGGGCUAUCGGCAGGCACAGCCACUACACAUUACUUUGCAAGCCAGGAGUUCAAACUCAAGCAACAGCAAACCAAGUCUUUCACUUGUAGCCCUGAGCAAGUCAUCACGAGUGGCGAUUACAAGCAAUCCACGUAUUGCCACUUCCUUCUCGGACUCUUUUACUCUCCAGAUGUCGAGUUCAUCACCUCCACUUUCGCCUAUUGCAUCGUCCAAGCACUCACCUUAUUCGAAGAGUACUGGAUAGACCUAUGCAAUGAUCUUUCCCAAGGAACUUUGAGUCCCCGGAUCACACUCCCGGGUAUCAGGAGAUCCGUUCUGGAUUUGAUAAAACCCAACACACAUUUAGCGACGUGGGUAAGAGCGAAAUGCGAGGAGUUAGAGGGCUCAGACUGGUACGGAUUGAUCCCAAAGUUGUGGCCAAAUUGCAAGUAUGUGUAUUCGAUAAUGACUGGUUCAAUGCAACCCUACAUGGAGAAGCUAAAGCAUUACGCGGGGGACCAUUUGCCAUUGGUGAGUGCGGAUUACGGGUCCACGGAGAGUUGGAUCGGGGUGAACAUGGACCCUUCUUGUGCACCACAGAAUGUGACUUUCACCGUGGUUCCGGCAUUUUCUUACUUUGAGUUCAUACCAUUACACCGGCAGCAUCAUAAACCUUGCGAUGCAGUUGUUGCUGGUGGUGGUGGUGACGACUACCUAGAAGACGAUCCAGUGCCAUUAUCGAAGGUCAAGAUUGGUCAACAGUACGAGAUUGUCCUUACCACCUUCACAGGUCUUUACAGGUAUAGGCUAGGAGAUGUGGUGGAAGUGUCUGGUUUUUACAAAGGAACCCCAAAACUCAACUUCUUAUGUAGAAGAAAGCUAAUCCUAACAGUAAACAUCGAUAAGAAUACAGAACAAGACCUUCAACUCGCAGUCCAAAAGGGCUCCCAACCACUCAUCAAGUCCAGAGCCGAGCUAGUCGACUUCACUAGCCACGCCAACAUUGUAAACCAGCCUGGUCACUACGUGGUGUACUGGGAGAUCAAAGGUGUUGUCAAUGAAGAUGUUUUGGACCAAUGUUGCAAGGAAAUGGAUGCAGCAUUUGUAGAUCAUGGUUAUGUUGUCUCGAGGAAAACCAACUCAAUUGGUCCGUUAGAACUUUGUAUUGUGGAACGAGGCACAUUCAAGAAGAUCAUGGAAUAUUUUAUUGGCAAUGGUGCAACGAUGAGCCAGUUCAAGACUCCAAGGUGCACAACAAAUCAAGUUUUAUUGAAGAUCCUAAAUCUCUACACUAUCAAGAGGUUUCGUAGUACUGCUUACCAGUGAUCACGUAUGCACAAGAUAGCUGUUAUUCCAAAAAUAAAGGGGGGCAUAUCAUAAUAAAUGAUGAUGUAUUAUGACUAAGUUUUGGGCAAUUGUAUCCAUGAGUAACAUUCUACUUAUAUAAGAAGAUAAAAGUCACCACA